UGCAGGGAAAACUGAUAAUUGAUGAAUCUUUACACGUUAUUUAGGUUAUCAGUUUUAUAUUAUCAGAUGGAAUUUUACCUUGUAUACAAUCACAUUUUUUUACUGAGAAAAAAUAAUUUUAUUUAAUUUUCUGAGCUUAUGAAUAAAUUAUUAGAAAUGCCAGAAAUAGAACAUGAUUAUGAAACUUUACCCGAAAACUCUCCUUUGACUGCAAAUCUGAUCGCUGGUGCUUUAGCUGGUAUAGGUGAGCAUGCGAUCAUGUAUCCUGUAGAUAGUGUAAAGACUAGAAUGCAAAUCUUGAAUCCAACACCGCAGGCAGUAUAUACGGGUGUUGGAAAUGCAUUUUCCCGUAUUGCUUCAACAGAAGGCGUUCGCACCUUAUGGCGUGGAGUUAAUUCAGUGGUUCUGGGUGCUGGUCCUGCACAUGCCUUAUAUUUCGGAACAUAUGAAUUUUGUAAAGAUCUAUUUGGGGCAAAUGCAACGCAAGGACAUCAUCCAUUUGCGACAGGAACAGCAGGAGCAUGUGCAACAAUAGCGAGUGACGCAUUAAUGAAUCCAUUUGAUGUUGUUAAACAACGAAUGCAAGUCCACGGGUCAACGUACCGUAGUGUAGUUGAAUGUGCCCGUACAGUAUAUGCAAAUGAAGGAUUGAUAGCUUUUUAUGUAUCUUAUCCUACGACACUUACAAUGACCAUUCCCUUUCAAAUGUUUCAAUUCAGUUCUUAUGAAUAUUUUCGCAAGGUAUUAAACCCGAAGGGGCAAUACGAUCCAAAAACUCAUGUUAUAGCUGGUGGUCUUGCGGGUGCAAUAGCCGCUGCUGCAACAACUCCUUUGGAUGUUGCUAAAACCUUAUUACAGACACGGGGGAACGCUACAGAUGUUCAUGUUCGAAACUGUAGAGGUCUCUUGGAGGCCUUUCGAAUCAUUUACGAACAAAAUGGUAUAAGGGGUUUCAUUAGGGGUUUAAGACCAAGAGUAUUGUCUCACAUGCCUUCAACUGCUAUCUGUUGGUCGGUGUAUGAAUACUUUAAGUGGUUUAUUAAUUCGCAUGAUCGAAAUAAAAUACCUAUAAUAUCCACUUGAAAAAUUAGAAUUCUAGGAAGUAAAGGAGAAAAUGGAAAGGACAUUUAAUAUUUCAUUCACUUAUUUUAUUAUUGUCUUUUGACCAAUAGAAGAUAUUGCGAUUUAAAAAGACAAUUAUUAAUUAUCCAGUUUGAAAUUAUUAUUGUUAUUAUUAUUGUUGUUAUUAUUA